AUGAAACCUGAAGAUGAUUGGAUUACUUAUGACAAUGUCCGAAUAGUAGGUUAUUAUGAAAAUGUUGUAUCUUCGGAAAGUGAUACAUUCCCCACUGCAAGUGACAUACAUAAUACAAGUUUAACAAUCCUCGAAGAAGACGUUAAACAGUCGUCACAAGAACCUGUGAUGCCGAUCCAGUCCUGUUCGAGUGAUGUAUCUAUUGGAGCUGGGUCAGGCAGUGCUUUCAGCAUGGGUAACAUAGUUGUACUAGAUAUGAGCAGCUCCUCGGAGGAGGGGGGUCACCCCCCUCCCCGACCGAUGGACCCGUUUAGGCCGAGGGGGUCCCUGCGAAGGACCCCUCCAAGAGAGCUGAGGGCGGCGGGCGGGUCGCCUGUCAGGACCCCACCCGAGGUCUUAGAAAUGGCUCAGGCAGCAUUUGAUUCUGUCAUUGCGGCGGCAUCUGCGUCUCCGAAAGGCAUCCCGGCCUACCCCCCGACUCCAACAUUUUCCCCCGCGCCCGUGGAGAACCCAGCGUCCGUGGCACCGGCUGAGCGCCCCCGCCCAGGGGCGGGAAAGCGGAUCCUCUCUCCGGAUCAAGUGGAAACCGAGGCGAAGCGUCGCACUGCCCGCGACAUAUCGGUGGUCUGCGGGUCGACGGAUCAGCUAGCACCGCCGAUCAUACACACGCCGGCUACGGAAUACGGUUCGCCAUUCUCAUCUGAGGAUGAGGACUUCCUCCUUGGGGAUGGGGACAUGGGGAGGGCCACGACGAGGCAAUUACUUGCCAAGGCGAACUCGGCGUGCAGAAGCAUUGCGGCGGUUGCGGGCGGGCAGGCAUCCCGCCUCAACAAGGCAGACCUGGCGGCCAUUAAUGGGCAGUUACGUGUGCUCGCUGAAAUAGUGGGCCACUGCUGCAUAAUGGUGGAAGGUCAAAAGACAACGGUAGCGGAACUAGAAAAACACCAAGGGAUGCUGGACGAGGCCCGCGCACGAGAAGCCGCAAGAGCCUCCAGAGCGGAGGCUGAGGCCGACCGGGCCCGAGCUGCGGCGUCUGCAGCCGCUGUCAACGAGGAACAAGGCACCUGGCAGACGGUGAAUUACGCUAGGGCAUUAAAACGGGCUCCUAAAGCCCACCCAUUAAACAUUCCUCCCCCCCCCGCUGCAACCCUGGCAAUUUACCCGGCGGAGGGAAGCGACUUAAAAUCGGCAGAGCAGACCAAAAUGGUUCUCAAGAAGUCGGUCGAGCCUAGAGAGCUGGGUGCUCAGAUAGUUGGCCUGCGUCGGGUCGCCAACUCGGGCCUGAUUCUCAAGACGGCCACCCAGGAGGCAGCAUUAAAAAUAAAAGCAGCAAUGCCGGCGACCCUUCAGGGGUGA